GACGCUUUCCCCGGCCGUUGUUGAGCGAUAGUCAUCGCUUCCUUAUAUCUGUAAUAUGAAAAUCAGGUGGGUGAAAUUGAAGGGUUCGUUUUGAGAGGGUCAAAUGGGGCAGCGGAGUGAGGGUUGAGUGGGCGGGUGAGGAUUAGUCCGACUCUGGCGGUUUCUGCACGGCGUGAAGAAGGCUUGAAAGAUGCUUUUGAAUGGUGCGAUAUCGAUCUAUCUUCAAAGUAGAGCACACUUCAUUCUCAUCCAGUUCAUCAGCUGGGCAUACAUUUUCCAGGAAUGUUAUACAAGGCUUCUCCUUCCACGUAUACAACUUUCGAGAUGGUACUGUCACCCUCAUUGGCGGGGAAUCGGAAGGCUGGUUGAAGCCCGCCCGCUAUUUAAGGGAUUGAUUUUCGAAACACGUGACUUGAUGCGUUAAAUUUUGCAUCGCCACCGCGGAGGGGUAUAAAUAUGGGAUGACCUGUGAUGCGAUGCCCAUUAUCUUUCCUCGUUUUACGCGUACAUCCAUUUCUCAGCGAUUACCAUCUGCCAACAUGAUUUUCACUUCUAACGUCCUCCACGGUGUCGCCCAUGUCACUAUCACCGGCUGCCUCGCCGCUACCUUCUUCAAGCAAACCGUCUUCGACGCUACACGUCAGGAACUCUACAACGCGGGCGACCGCCCUUCCGUCGGCGCCGCGGUUACAAAGUUCUGCCUCAAGACGGCCUGCCUGGUUAUUGCCUCACACAGAACCACUAAGAAGAUACUCGGUGGCGAUUUUACCCUCAAGGACAACCCACCACCUCUCGCUGGCGACAUCUAUACACCCGCUCCGUCAAGAACCCAGAGGCACAAGCGCUUUUCCAUAGACUCGGACACGACUCUUGUGGCCGACGAUGACGAUUAUCUCAAGGACUUUGACGCCCCCCCAUCCCACUACCUUCCGCUUCUUGCAACCCCCGACUUAUCCAUACCAACAGUGCCUUUUUUCUUCAACACUAAUCUACAGUCUAUCACCAUUCUGCCAAAGCCUCCGGAUGCCGUGCACAUCGCCAACCGGCGCAAACGACAGGUAUGACAUCUUCACUGAAUUAGCUACGAUGCUCAUCUUACUUUCUUAGCAUUCUGCUCGUUUGCGCGCCGCCCGCACACGGGCUUCCAUUCGUGAGCAAUUUCUCAUGACAUCCGCGUCGCUUACUCAUUUCAACCAGGUCAUCUCCAGCAACUCCGUGACAAGAUCCUCGCCGACAAAGCGGCUCUCAUCGAUGGCUGGGCCGACGCUAUGGCCAACCUCGGCCUCACAUCCACCCUGGCACCUCCAGACUAGAACGGUACAAACUAAUCCACAACACUACUCACAUCCCGCCAAAGACGCGUACCCGCCUCCCUCGCUGUCCCCUACGACCUGGAGCAAUCCACGAGGUUGAAGGCCACCGCUGACCGCGCACACUCUAUCUCUACGCGCCACCC